AUGCCAGACAGGACUAAAUAUGACGAGCGCAUAGCCCACAAUUCUGUGCCACUGGUCUUGUCGCUUGUUGCCUUGCCGUGUGCCAUUGCUGUCUGGUUCUCUGUUGUCUCCAAACAAGUCCGCGAGCCGUAUCUUGACGAAGUUUUCCAUGUCGGCCAAGUCCAACAAUAUUGUAAUGGAAACUACUGGCACUGGGACCCAAAAAUAACAACUCCACCUGGACUUUACAUUCUUUCUGUCCUCUUCUAUAAAAUCACCGGACGAUGUGAUCUGGAUGCUCUGAGAUUCGUGAACGCUCUUUCCCUCUUUGCCAUCUUUUUCUUCCUUCUUCACACUGCUCCUCCCGUCUCUCCGCGCUCUGGGAAGCAACUUCCUGGCCAAAAAUCGACUCUCUUCCUGCCGUCGACCACUCUGUGUCCACAGCAGAUUCAUUCCGCUCUCAACAUCUGCCUGUUCCCACCUCUGUUUUUCUUCUGUGCCCUAUACUACACCGACGUCGCUUCAACUCUGAGUGUUCUUUUGUUCACGAGACAUCUCCUGGAAAGCAACUCUCGUGGUCCGUGUACCUUUUUCCAGGCCUGCGUAUCAAUUCUCCUGGCCCUGGUCUCCCUCUCGUUCCGCCAAACAAAUAUCUUCUGGGUUGGUGUGUUCCCUAUCGCCCUUCUGGGACUCGGCGCUCUACACGGCGACGUCGAAUCCCUCAGACCAGGCGAUGGCAAGUCUGUCAUCCUGAAGGCUUGGGCCAACGCCACCUUCUACGACCCUCAGAUGCGUGAUGCUAUUCUGAAUGAUUUCUGGCUCACCUGCAUGUCCAUCGUGACGCUAGCAUUACGUGCUUUGUACUUCCCUCGCACAUUACUCAGGAUUGUCCGACUCGUAUGGCCUUACAUUCUUGUGCUCGCACUCUUCGGGUCCUUUGUUCUUUGGAAUGGCGGUGUCGUACUCGGUGACAAAUCUAACCAUGUUGCUACACUACACUUGCCUCAGAUGCUCUAUCUGUGGGCUUAUACGUCCUUCUUCUCUUUCGGAAUUACCUAUCCAUUUUUCGCUCAGGGAUUACUCGCCAUCUUCGCGGCUGUUCCGGUCAUGGCCAUGAUAGAGCCACUCAUUAUCUUCGGCAGACGCAAGUUCCUCCCUCGAUCGCUUGUCCUCUUCGUGUUCAUUGCAAUCAUUGCCGUCACAAUCAGAUUUAAUACCAUUGUACACCCAUUCACGCUUGCCGACAACAGACACUUUACCUUUUAUGUCUUCCGCUACCUACUCGCACAUCCGGCUAUCAAAUACCUCGUCAUCCCGGUCUACAUGUCAUGUGCUUGGUCGGUCCUUCAAGCGCUCGGUGCACCUGCUCAAAUCUUUCAAGUCAAAGAAGACGAGAAGGAUGAUGGCGAGGGCGCCGCAUCGCAAGACAACGAGACCGAGGGGAAUCCGGCCAAGACCAAGAACAAGGAGCAACACCAGAUCCUGCGCCUCAAUGAUGCGCCCUUUGGUGAAGGCAGUACGAUCAGCUUCGUCAUGGUCUGGAUAGGUGUGACCGCUCUACAGCUCAUCACCGCGCCUCUAGUGGAGCCUCGCUACUUUAUUCUACCCUGGAUUAUGUGGCGACUUCGCGUCCCACAAUCGCAUCCUGGCGCUUCGUUGAUAGCAAGACCGACACACAAAAAUUGGAAGCAGUGGUGGAACAAAGAAAGAGAACGACGAAACAUCGAUCGCCAGAGCUGGACUAACUGGCUGUACAUUGUCUUGUGGGCCGAGCAUGAUCAUAGGCUCUAUCUAGAGACGCUAUGGUUCGUAACCAUCAACUCUGCUGUGGGUUACAUCUUCUUAAACUGGGGCUUUGAGUGGCCACAAGAACCUGGUAAAACGCAGAGAUUCAUGUGGUAGCAUCUGACUACCUUUAGAUGAUUUUCAUCUAGCUUUCAAAACGUGUACAUAUAUCAUAGAUAGAAAUUGAUGACUUCCUUUGCAGCAAAC